AUUUGACAGCACAAUACAUUCUGUCAAGUUUACAUGCAUUAUAUUUUUAUUCGUCCGGUGACGUAUUCUACGACUUAAGUUACUUGAAGAGAUUUCACUUGAAAGGUUUGUUAUUAACGUUGCAGAUUAAUAUUAAAAUGCAUCUGUGGGUUCUAUGCGCGUCUGUUAUUCUGGUGCCUUUGCUGUGUGAUGCGCGGAUCUCUAAGCGUUAUGUGAUCGGUUGUCCGGAGCGCUGCGAUAAGAGUCUGUGUCCGCCCAUACCGGCCGACUGUCUGGCCGGAGACAUCCUGGACCAGUGCGACUGCUGCACGGUGUGCGCGGCCGGCGAGGGUGAGCCCUGCGGCGGUACAGGGAAACUGGGAGACCCGGAGUGUGGAGAGGGUCUGGACUGCGCUGUGUCGGAGGGGGUCGAACCAACGACGACCGUGAGGAGGAGAGGAAAGACCGGCGUGUGCGUGUGUAAGAGCCCUGAGGCCGUCUGCGGCAGUGAUGGGCAGUCUUACAGGAACAUCUGCGAACUCAAGAGAGUCAGUAACCGGGCACAGAAACUCCAGCAGCCGCCCAUCAUCUUCAUCCAGAGAGGAGCCUGCGGGAAAGUACGUACCCAAGCUUGGCCUGUCAACAUUGUGAACUUCACUCUUAAAAACAGCUUUAUUCUUGGAAUGAUGUUCAGCAAGCGGGAAGUGGAGGUUGCCAGCGGCUCUGGUUUCGUGGUGUCUGAAGAUGGCCUGAUUGUAACCAAUGCCCAUGUGGUAGCCAACAAACACCGGGUGAUGGUCGAGCUGAAGACCGGCAUCACCUAUGAAGCCAAAAUCAAAGAUGUGGAUGAGAAAGCAGACAUCGCUCUAAUCAAGAUAGACGCUCCGAUGAAACUACCAGUGCUGUUGUUGGGUCGGUCAGCUGAUCUGAGACCAGGCGAGUUUGUGGUUGCUAUCGGCAGUCCGUUCUCCCUUCAGAACACAGUGACUACAGGCAUCGUCAGCACCACCCAGAGAGGCGGCAAAGAGCUGGGCCUGCGUAACUCUGACAUGGACUACAUCCAGACAGAUGCCAUCAUCAAUUACGGUAAUUCAGGAGGGCCCCUGGUGAACCUGGAUGGUGAAGUGAUAGGAAUCAACACGCUGAAGGUGACAGCAGGAAUAUCCUUCGCUAUUCCUUCUGACAAGAUCCGACAAUUCCUGGCCGAGUCUCACGACAGACAGGCUAAAGGUCAGGAGCAAAAUGAGCUAAAUCUGAAACUCUUACAUUGCCGAUUAAAACAUGGCGGUCUGAAGGAGAGCGACGUCAUAAUCAGCAUUAACGGUCAGAGGAUUACGUCAGCCAGUGACGUCAGCACGGCCAUCAAGAAAGACGACAGUCUGAGAGCAGUGGUACGACGUGGCAAUGAAGACGUCAUCCUCACAAUCAUUCCUGAGGAGAUUGACCCUUGA